AUGAACUCGACAGUGUGUGUGAUCGAGGCGAAUCCAGAUGUCACGGGCGUCGGGAUCCGCGCAUCCAUAUACGCCCUCUGCCUUGGCGGAACAGUCGUGAGCUAUCUCCUUCGCGUGUUAUCACCAGGAGAAGAUGAAGCCGAGUUCUCGCGCGGCGUCUCCUCUGCCCUAGGCAUGCAAGGCCUAGCACUCCUUUGCACGGCAAUAUACCAAACCUUCCGCACCGAGCUGACCCUCUUCCACGCCAUCUGUGUGGUCCAUCUCCUCGCUCUGCUGGGUAUGGAUAUAAUUAGCAAAGGCCGAUACGCCGGGUUUGGGCCUUGGCGCUUAUGGUUCUUUGCGGUGAUCCAAAUCAUAGCCUUAGCCGCUUUCAUCGCCUUUAAUGUCUACCUCUGGGUCACGGCGCCGCAAUUUGGGGCCCAACCGACUUGUAACCCAGAUACGGUGUACGUUGUUUUUGGUGUGAGCAUCAAGGCUACUUCGCCUGUCUUCCGGUAUAUUAUUCUGGGCUCACUUGGGUCUAUUGCCGCGGGUUUCGUCCUUGUCUUUACAUACGCCGAGGAGCAUGAGCGGUUACAUGGACAGGCUUUGCGCAAUUACACAUUGAAUAGGCUGGCUUACUUCGGUCUCUGCAUCUAUCUGAUCGUGUCACUGGAACAGACGAUCCAGCGCAACAACCUCGACCCGGAGGAAAGGGGAUGGACAUUCGGACAGGUUAUUGCGAUCUUCUUGUUGCUCGGUGUCGCGAACGAGCUAUUCAAUGUCGUGCUCGCAAAAUGGGACCGCAAACUUGCAGGCGAACAAGAAGGGAGCCAGGAGCUGGUGCAACACAGGCCGCCAUCUAGUGGAAAUUCAGCAAAUUCGGUACCGAGGUUGGUAGUUUAA